AUCUCUAGUUUCUGGUAGGGGAUUUUCUCCAGUCCAGGUUCAACGGACCUACAUUCUUCAACCCAUGAUCCACCAUGGCAGCAUUGGGCCUACCGAAACAAGAAUCCCAUCCCUUCCCCUCCCCGUCCAUCCCAUCACUUCCACAUCCACUCUUCUCCUCUCCCAUGCCCCGCCUAACAUGUCUCUUCCGGGUUACUAGCUCUGAUCUGUCAUGCCCUCUCCGCUUCUUCAAUCGCCGAUCUCGCGCAUCAUUCCCCCCCGCCUUCCCCCCCCCGCAGUCCAUCCGCCGCCCCUGAUUGCGCGCUGCAUGCGCGGAAGCCGCCGCUCGCGGCAUGUACAGUAAUAAGGGGGAGGAGGGCCGGCCGAGCGUCGAAGAUGCGGUAGCAGCUGGAGCUGCAGAAACCGCAACUGAAUCUAGCCGAAAUACGGCAGCAGAUUCAACGUCAGUUUUGAGACGUUUCAAGACUGAAGGGGGAGGAGCACGCGCGGCAGGGCGUUGAAGAUGCAGCAACAGCAGCAGCAGCCGCACCUAAGACUUGCCGAGAUACGGCAGCAGAUUCAACGACAGCAGCAACAGCGACGGCAGCAGCAGCAGCAGCAGCAGCAGCAGGAGCAAUCACCGGAUCAGGCCCAAUCUGCCGUAUCCCUCCCUCCGCCGUAUGUCCAGUCGCCUCAAAGCGCGCCCACCUCGCCCCACGUGGCCCACCUCCCCGCGUCGCUACCCCCCGCGUGUCUCCACCCGCCUCUAAACGCGCCCGGCUCGGCCUUGUUCUCGCGGGAAGUCGAUUUCACGGCGGCAGCGCAGCAGAUCGCGGCGCUGCAGCAGCAGCUGCUGACGGAGCGGGCCUCGUUUGAACGGAAUCUGGCGCGGCUCCGUCAGGAAGGGCGGGAGGCGGCGGCUUCCCAACAGACGACUUUUGAGGCGUAUCAGAAGAGAGUGGAAGGAGAGAGAGCAGCCCAGCAGGCGCUAUUUGAGGCGGAAAUAGCUGCGAUGGAAGAGCGAGUGGACGCCGAGAGAGCAAGGCUUGAAGAGGAGAGAGCGGGAAUGAGGGGGAGAGCGAUAGCGCUGAAGACACAGGUGGAGGCGGAGAGGGAGGGGAGGGAGGCGGCGAAUAGGGAGGUGACACGUGUGGUGGAUGAGCUGAGGCGGGCGGAAGAGCGUUUGGCAGGGAGUGAACGGGAGAAGCACACGUUGAUAGAGGAGCUGGCCGUGCUAGCCCAGCAGACGAAGAGCCUAAGGGCGGCACUGCAAGCAGCGGAGGCGGAGAGGGGGAGAAUAGCAGGAGUGGCUGCUGCUGCGGAGAGCGAAAGAGACGGAUUGAGACGAGAGCUGGAAGAGCUGAGGUCACUGCAGGUAGAGGAGGCUCAAAUCCUGCAGAGAUUCCGACAGCAGCAUCAUGAGCACAUUCAAUCCCAGCAUCGGCAACAUCAGUAUCAGCAGCAGCAGCAGCAGAAGCAGCAGGGGAGGGGGUCUUGGUCUGGUAGCAGCACGCCACGAGUGCUGAUGGGCUACCAGUCGUUCGGAUCGUCCUCGGUGGACAGCGCACGGAGCAGCAGCAGCGCGGUGGAGGGGACAGAGAGCAGCAGAGGUGAGGGGGCAGAGAGCAGCAGAGGUGAGGGGGCAGAGAGUGGCAGAGGAAGAGGGAUGGAGAGCAGCGGGGGGAUGGGCACAGCGAACAGCAGCGAAACAGCAGCAGCAGCAGCAGCAACACGUGAAGGCAACGCAGCAGCAGCAGCAACAGCAGCAGGAGUGACAGCUUUGGAGCUAUCUGGUUUGUUGGAAGCCGCAGGGGGGGCUGUGGCAGCAGCAGGGGGAGACAGGCAGGCAAGCAGCGAUGCCCAAGCGUUGCUAGCACAGGCGCAGGUGAUAAUAUCGAAUGUGAUUAAAUCAGGGAGCUUUGGCUUGACCAGUGCCAAGUCACUCCCAUCAACUCCUUCGUCCUCCUCCCUUAACCUUUCGGCAUCCUCGUUAUUGUCCUCCUCGUUGUCCUCUGUAGACGAUGUUGCAAUAGUGGCUGCAAGAGCAGAGCGGGAGAGAUUGCUAAGAAGAGUUGAGGAGGUAGAGGCGAGAUUGGGCAGGUCCCAAGAGGAGCUGCAGAGGAGUUUAGAGGAGAAAGAAGUACUGAAGAGGGAGUUGAGUGCGGUGCUCGGGAGGGCAGAGGAGGAGCGGAGGGAGUGGGUGGAGAGGGAGGGAGAGGCGAGGAGGAAGGUGAAAGAGGUGAUGGUGAUGAUGGGUGUGGCUGAGAGGGGGAGGGAUGAGGCGGAGAGGAGGAGGAGGGAGGCCGAGAGGAGGUGUGAGGGGGUGGAAAGGAGGGUAAGGGAGGUAGAAAGUAGGCUUGGGGAAGUUGGGGUGGAGAUUGAAGUCGAGCGGGAGAGGGCAGGGGGGGUUGAGGGCGUACGGGAAAAAGGGGCCGAUCUGCGAGAGGGGGGAGGUGGGAGAUGUGAGGAAGAAGCAGCGGUGGUGGCGGAGAAAGGAGCGAGGCAGCAGCAUCGACAUGGAGACGAGACACGCAGUACAUGGGAGCAGCAGCAGCAAGCGCAGCCGCAAGGGCAGCAGCAAGCGCAGCCGCAAGGGCAGCAGCAAGGGCAGCAGCAAGGGCAGCAGCAAGCGCAGCCGCAAGGGCAGCAGCAAGGGCAGCAGCAAGCGCAGCAGCAAGGGCAGCAGCAAGCGCAGCAGCAAGCGCAGCAGCAAGCGCAGCAGCAAGCGCAGCAGCAAGAAGAGAAGAAUCAGGAGGGAAGGGAGGGUGCACAGAACGAGCAGGAGCAACGGCAGGGGGGGCAGCAGCGGCAGGCAGAUGGGCAACAACAACAAUUGCCAAGGCAAAGCAGCGCAGAACGGACUCCUGCUUGGACCCAGAGAAGGAGCCCCCACUAUCGGCGAGAGUACCGCCACCAUCACGGCCGCCUCACAUCCCCGUUACCCUCCCCAACAUCCACCACAUCCAGUCGCAGUGCAUUGCGUGCUGCUCCCUCUGAUGCUGCUACUGCGGCUUCCUCUUCUACUGCUGCUGCUGCCCCCUCUACCCACUAUGCCCUGCCCCUCGCCUCCACCCCAUCCGCUCCAAGUUCCCACUUCUCCUCCUCUUUCCUCUCCUCGCUCAUAGGCUGGGGUCAAGGCAGCGGCAGUGCCAACAGUGGACCGAGCCCAUCACACAACAGGAGACUUAACCGCGCAAGCAGCACCAUUAGUGGUGUAGCUGGUGAUUGGGACGGUGCAGCAAGCAGCGGAGCUGGCGAUUGGGACAGUACAGCUGGCAAGGGUAGUAUCAUCGCAGUCAGCAGAAGGGAACAGCUCGCUCGCACGCGUACCUUCUCCUCCUCCACUGCUCAUAGCAUUCAGAAUCUCGCUUCUUUCAUCCGCUCACCCUCCCCCAGUGGGUCUGUGGACGGUGGGAGUUCCUUCACCUAUCACACUUCUGGCAGCACCAGCAGUAGCUUGAGGCGACACAGCAGCGGAAACGGGCUACCAUCUCCUCUCACCUCCCAACGGCUCCUAUCUUCUGCUUCUGCUGCUGCUGUUCCUGGUGCAUCUGGUGCUUCUGGUGCUUCUGGUGCUGGUGCUACUGAUACCGUUACUGCUGAUGCCUCUGUGCUUGACAUCACCACAAGAAGCAGUGGCCCCCAACUUUUUAUUAAUCCGCGUGUCACCCUCCCUUCCUCUGCGUCCAUAUCCGAGACCAGCUCAGUCAGGCACAGCAACAUGGCUAACAGGGAAGGGCUGCACAGGCAUGGUGGGUACAGCGGUGCAAGGGCAGGGGGAGCGACGGAGGCAGCUGAUUGGCUGUCAGAGCUCUCUGACAAUUCGAACAUGGAUGAGGUGGAUCAAAUACUGGCUCAAAUGGGUCUCAGACCGGGGGAGAUGGUGGGGGAAGGAGGGGUUGUAGGAGGUGUGGGGGCAGAUGGUAUGAGAGGGUUUUAUGGGGUUGCGGCGGGGAGUGCAGGCGUGUAUGACAAGGAGAGUUCACGACAUGAGCGGGGCCAGCUGAGGAGGUUGGUGAGGAAAUUGGCAGAGAGUCCGAGGCCGUAUGGGGAGACAGCUGGCUUUGGCAGAGGGAGCGGCAGCGGAGGGGCAUCAACACCUAAGUCACUGGACUCCGUAAAGACGGAGUCUACUGAACAUGCAAGAGAUGCCAUGAUCCUGUACCAAUGAUAGGAAUCCAUGCUAGACAUACUGGUCAAGUCCUGAUUUUUCCUGUUGCACCAGGAAUGAGGCAAUUGCAGCAGCUUGAGUGUACCAUGUGCAGCAAAUGUACCAUACAUGGUAAUUGGCCAUCUG